AAACAGUUAUUUUAAGUAUCUUCUAUAUACCUGAAAAAGAAAAUCUCGAUAGGAUUGCAUUUACAUUUCUCUUCUAUCACAGGUACUAUGAAAUGCAGAGAGAGCCUUUUAUGUUUCUUUUUGUCUUAAACUCAGACAGCUUUGUAAGCAGUAGUGUGUAGAUUACAAGAGUUAGACAAAAGCAGGCGAGACUGAGAAGAGUGGAGGGGGGUUGCUUGGGGCACUUCCUGUCACUCAACACAUUCCAGAUCACUAAAAAAUUUCCACACACUGCAUUCCCUCUUGCCCACUCAAGUUCCCAGUAUUUUCUGAUUCUGUGUGUUGCUGGUGUCUCUUGUACUCCUUUCUUUCCAUGCCUCUGCUAAGACUGCUUCAGGGGACACACAUUCCUUUAGAUUAUACAAAGCAUAGCUUGGAAAAUGGCUGGCAGUUUCAGAAUCUAGUCACGAUUGCACGCAUGAGCACCUCACACAUCCAUGCCCCCUUUCCCCCCUCCCACCUCCGCAGCUGGCUGACCUGUCUCACCCGCUGCUGGCCUAUCGAACGGCCGGGACUGUCUGGUUUUGGCUCAUGCCUUUGUCCAUGUCUGGCUUAGUUCCUCUCUGUCUAUGCUUGCCUUUACCCCCAACGCCCCAGGCGGCACAAGUGUUUGGCCAUGCAAAACUGCGGAUAGAAAAGUUUCCGUCCCAGAUGAUCGAGCUGAACAACGAACCUGUCUCAUCUGUGGGGACCGUGCUACGGGCUUGCACUAUGGGAUCAUCUCCUGCGAGGGCUGCAAGGGGUUUUUCAAGAGGAGCAUUUGCAACAAACGGGUGUAUCGGUGCAGUCGUGACAAGAACUGUGUCAUGUCCCGGAAGCAGAGGAACAGAUGUCAAUACUGCCGCCUGCUCAAGUGUCUCCAGAUGGGCAUGAACAGGAAGGCUAUCAGAGAAGAUGGCAUGCCUGGAGGCCGGAACAAGAGCAUUGGGCCAGUCCAGAUAUCAGAAGAAGAAAUCGAAAGAAUCAUGUCUGGGCAGGAGUUUGAGGAAGAAGCCAAUCACUGGAGCAACCAUGGUGACAGCGACCACAGUUCCCCUGGGAACAGGGCUUCAGAGAGCAACCAGCCCUCACCAGGCUCCACACUGUCAUCCAGUAGGUCUGUGGAACUAAAUGGAUUCAUGACAUUCAGGGAUCAGUACAUGGGGAUGUCGGUGCCUCCACAUUAUCAAUACAUACCACACCUCUUUAGCUAUUCUGGCCACUCACCACUUUUGCCCCCACAAGCUCGAAGCCUGGACCCUCAGUCCUACAGUCUGAUUCAUCAGCUGAUGUCAGCCGAAGACCUGGAGCCAUUGGGCACACCUAUGUUGAUUGAAGAUGGGUAUGCUGUGACACAGGCAGAACUGUUUGCUCUGCUUUGCCGUCUGGCCGAUGAGUUGCUCUUUAGGCAGAUUGCCUGGAUCAAGAAGCUGCCUUUCUUCUGCGAGCUCUCAAUCAAGGAUUACACGUGCCUCUUGAGCUCUACGUGGCAGGAGUUAAUCCUGCUCUCCUCCCUCACAGUGUACAGCAAGCAGAUCUUUGGGGAGCUGGCUGAUGUUACAGCCAAGUACUCACCCUCUGAUGAAGAACUCCACAGAUUUAGUGAUGAAGGGAUGGAGGUGAUUGAACGACUCAUCUACCUAUAUCACAAGUUUCAUCAGCUAAAGGUCAGCAAUGAGGAGUACGCAUGCAUGAAAGCAAUUAACUUCCUGAAUCAAGAUAUCAGGGGUCUGACCAGUGCCUCACAGCUGGAACAACUGAACAAGCGGUAUUGGUACAUUUGUCAGGAUUUCACUGAAUAUAAAUACACACAUCAGCCAAACCGCUUUCCUGAUCUGAUGAUGUGCUUGCCAGAGAUUCGAUACAUCGCAGGCAAGAUGGUGAAUGUGCCCCUGGAGCAGCUGCCCCUCCUCUUUAAGGUGGUGCUGCACUCCUGCAAGACAAGUACCGUGAAGGAGUGACCUGUGCCCUGCACCUCCUUGGGCCACCCACAGUGCCUUGGGUAGGCAGCACAGGCUCCAGAGGAAAGAGCCAGAGACCAAGAUGGAGACUGUGGAGCAGCUACCUCCAUCACAAGAAGAAUUUGUUUGUUUGUCUGUUUUUAACCUCAUUUUUCUAUAUAUUUAUUUCACGACAGAGUUGAAUGUAUGGCCUUCAACAUGAUGCACAUGCUUUUGUGUGAAUGCAGCAGAUGCAUUUCCUUGCAGUUUACAGAAUGUGAAGAUGUUUAAUGUUACCGUGUUGUCAUUGUUUAGAGAUAGGUUUUUUGUAUUUUGAGGGAGAGGGUAGGAUGGACUAGAUGAGUAUUUCCAUAAUGUUGACAAAGACAACUACCUCAAUGGAAACAGGUGUAUGACCAUCCCUACCUUUUCCACAUUUUCUCAACAGAUACACACUUGUCUGUUAGAGAGCAAACUGCCUUUUUUAUAGCCACAGACUUCUAAGUAAAAGAAGCAAACAAAGGAGCGAAGUGGUAUAGGGAGAUUUACUAAUGGCCAGUGGGACAUCUGAGAGGCAAUUUGAUUUUUGGUCAUCUCGUCCCGCAAGCCUGAAGGGCAGAAACUCUGCCUUACCUUCUGCUGCACCCCUCCCCCAUACGCUGUUGUCUGUUGAUGCUGCUGUCAAGUUUUCAUCCAGGUAGAGUCCUGACAAUAAGUCAGUAUAUAGGACUUGCCUCCCAGCACCCUUGUGGCUCAUAGCUGCCUAGUUUGCUGUUCCAGAUCUACCAAGGCCUACCUUCUUCAGACCCCAUCCCUCCCUCUUAUGAAUUUGACUUCCUGUCAGUCCUUUAGAAAGGGACAGGAAAAUGCCAUGUUCUGAAUUCUGAUGCCAUUUCUGAUUUGUUUUUUACAUUGUUUCCCUCAAAAGGUAGAGGGGCAAAGACCAGGCUGCUGAAAGAAUAAAGACUCCUUUGGAAGUCCCUGUUCUCACCCCACCUUAUCCCCUGAACCAAAUCCAAAAUCCAAAACUGCCACUUUUAAACAGUAGAAAGGACCAGAAACUUUGCAGCAAAAUUUUGUUGUAAGUUCUCCCAUUAGUUCCAAAAUGAGAUUCGUUUGCCAGGGUCUAGAACAGAAAGUCAAGACCCAGAGAAGACCAGCUCUUCCUUCAAGUAUUAUCAGGGGUCUGACCUACCAGGGUUUGGAGGGAUGGAGCCAGAAAGACCUAGAAAGGAAAGGGGCAUUAAACUACCUCAUGUUUCUAAGGGCCAGGCUGCUGCUCUGCAGCUGCAGCCUGGACCCCUGUGCUUUACUGCCUACCCCAUCUAGUUCUAGGAAGAGUUUUUACCCUCCAGACUUUGGCCAGACCAACUAGGUUUGUCUUAGAGCUGUUUCAGCUGCUUUUCCCUUUGUUUGUACCAGGCUCUCCUACCACUAGUACCCCAGAUACAUGCUCCACUAAGCGGCUUGUCUCUCGUGCUGGGUCUGCCUCACCCACAGUAUCUUUUUUAGCCUGUUUUGUCAGGAACUGUUUACAUUCUCCCAGUGAAGCCUAUUAACUUACCCUGGAGACCACAGCAUCCUGUGCCUCCUAGGUAGUGCCUCCAUUUGUCAGCUUUUCUCUUUAGUGAAAUGUUACAGGUACCAGCAAAGUGACAAUAUGUCCUUUGAUGUCCAAAGUUCAGAACAUUAUUUCUUCUCAUUCUUAUUCCCCAGCCGAGAGAGAGAGAGAGAGAGAGAGAGAGAGAGAGAGAGAGAGAGAGAGAGAAGAGAAAAGUUCGAGAAAGUUCCAAAUAGAAUGUUUUUCACGUUUGUGGGAAGAUAUAUGUAUCGAUGUGUCUGUUUCUGAGCUCACAAUAUUUUCUUGUUUGCCUGAAUUUUUAUAUUUAACCAACCAGAUCACGUUAUUUGGCUCUGGGUCAGAUUCUCAGCUGCUUUCCUCAAGCUAGAAAUCAGAGACACAGAUCAGAGACAGCACCUCUGUGCACACAGCAGCCUUCUUUGCUUAGACUUCCAUUUAUCAAAUUGGUAGUUUUUUAAAUUGCUUUUCAAAUUAGCAUUUUACCUGUUAUGUUGAAUGUCAAAGCUCUGAUGAGACAAGAACAUAUCUUUCCAAUAAUGUAGUAUUAAACAGAGCAAGUUGUUAAUUUGUAGAGUGGGGGAAAGGUUCUGCAAGUUGCCAUUGUACAAAUCCAUUUUUACAAAUGUUUGCAGCAGAUUCCACAGAACAAAGAGCCCAUUCAUUGCCAAGAGCCCUGCAGAAUCUCUGAGCCAAGUGGCUGUGUGUUCCGAGCUGGAGCCUGACCUGUGGACCGCCUUUAAUGUCUUCUGCACCCAGUCCUUUUAUGACAUGGGCUUCUUUUAAACAGGGUAAAGUAAAUGGGCUGCUUUGCAAACUCAGGUAUUAUGAGGAGAAGGUAGGAGUGUAGCUAGCAGCGUGGAGACAUUAGGUCAGCCACUAGAUGUAUUUGUGAUUUUGGUUUGAAGGACACAGAGAAAGGUUGGAGGAGGAGGUUUGGUAUGCUUGUUUUUUGCCUUUUUUCCUAUAAUGUUUGGUUAACAGGCAGCCUUUUAGCUAGUGGAAGAAGGAAAAACUUGUGCAUGCUAUAUCUCAUUCCUCUCUCUCACUCUCCUGUCCUCUCUGAUCCAGACCACUGAAAAUACUCACUUUGAGUGAGAAUUUUUCAACCAUAAAAACAUAUAGCCCCCAAAGCCAUGUGGAGAAGGAGAGCCCACCUCCUUGCACUGUGCCGAAACAUAGAGGUUUCCCCCUGCCUUUUCUUAUGUAUGCUUUCUUGACCCAAGGCAGAAGUAUGGAGUCUUAGAGCUUUGUAAUUCCUGUUCUCUGGCUCCCUUUAAAGGCCGUUUUUGUCCUUUUCAAGGUUUGGUAGUCUCACCCUUAGUUUGAUGAAAUUCCCUACAACUCAUCUCAAAGCACUCUACCUGGGUCCGGACACCCAGUCCCCAGGGCCAGCCUACAAGUGAAGGAGGCAGGCCUCUAGGGUAGAGGGAAGCAGGCAGGAACCUCCCUGUCCUGAUCUUAGAACAGUGGAAGUGAAGAACACCCCACACUCUCUGGCUUUAGAAUACUGGGGUUUUGGUUUUGGUUUUUUAAUUGCAGUUGUUUUAAGAAAUUCAAUCUUUCAGACCAGCCCUUCCACUAAACUUUGAUUCUUUUUCUUUACUGCUUUUUUAAACCUAAAAAAAAAAAAAAAAGAAAAGGAAAGAAAGAAAGCCCACUCAGUGACUCCCCCACCUUGGUCUGUGGGAAUGCCCGCACACUCUGCCGUCCGUCCUCCUCCCUUCUCCUCAUGCAGCGUCUGUGAAGUAGAGUUUUAUCUGUUUCUUAGGAUGAAAAACGGCAAUCAUCCCACCAGGUGCUGGAAACUGGUCAGCCUUGAAGCAGGCACUUCUGGGACCACAGCUCAGGGAUGUGUAUUUAAUUACAGGGUCCCCAGAAAGCCCUCUCUUGGCUGCCACAAGUAGCAUCUUUCCUGGACUUGAGAGUCAGACCCUGACAACUUCCUCAGAGUGAGCAGCCCCAGGCCACUGAACUGAAAGCAAGCUUGCCUAUGGGUCUGGGCUUCCUCAAGACUUUUGACUGUCUUACACGUGAGCUUCUCUAGUGCUCAUGAGAAGCCUAGACCCUCUGCCCAGGGUCUUAUCUGGCAGUCCUAAGUACACCCAGCUCGCUUGGGUAUCAGCUGUAGGCUCAAAUGGAAGCUGUGGGAAAGGCUAAGGCCUGCUCCAAACCCAAGAAAAAAUGUGCUACUGGUGAAAGCUAGUCUUCUAACCUGGAAGCCAGCCAAAGGGUUCUCUUGCUCUUUGCUGACCUUUUUCUUAGCCGAAAUAUAAUAGGUGAUAAUGUUUUUUACUCAGAUUUCCAUGGGGGAAAAAAGACUACCUCUUGAGUGACAUCCUGGUCGAUUCCUCUCUGAGGAGUCCUGUGGGAAAAGAAUACUGUAGCUCCCGUGCUGUUUACAUGUUUCUGUCGGGAACGAAACCCUGGACUGUUGUGUUUUUGUCUGUGUUGCCAUCCCAGGCCUGUGAUAGGAGCUAGUGGCUGUAUUGUAAUGUCUGGGCAGUGUCUGGGGAGUCCUUUUCACCUGCCCAACUAGGGACAAGCCAUCGCUUGAAGAGGCCUCCACCCCCCUCCUAUGCUCCAUAGCUUGGAUUUCAGGGACUCUGAUGGCAAGUGCAUCAUGAACCUACCUCAGGCUACCUCCCAGUCCUCCCACAGUCCUAUGUAGGAAUCGAAUGAAUGGAUGUCUCUGAGCCCUUGUUCCCAAAGGGCCGGCCAAGGGCUGCCUGCCAGCCUGGCUCCACCAACCCUGCAUGACCAAAUGAUAGUUGGCGGGCUCUGCAGGCUACUCAGGCCCUCUGCUACCUCCCACACUUGCCUGCUGGCAAGGGGUGGGCCCUGUUCUGUGAAUUGACUACCUGUGGAAAUGUGACCAAUUAGUAUGAAAUGCAUGUUUAGCAAGUAUUAGGUACUGUAUUUGAACCAAUAAAUGUGAAUCCUCUGCA